GUUAAAACAACAUUAAUCGGAUAAGAAGGAAACGUGACAACGGUGUAUUAACUGCAUUUUAUUAAUUUAAUUUGACAUUUGACAGAUUCUUAUUCUUUCCUUCUUUGCAUUUACUGAAAAAGCGAUCGGUUUGAUAGUAAAGAAGUUUAAUAAACAAUGGUUUCGCUUAAUCCAGUCCGUAUAUUAAAAUAUGACGCCGAAGAAGAAAAGGCGGAAAUAGCGCGAUUGUCUAGCUUUGUCGGAGCUACAGCAAUUGGCGACUUAGUUAAAAGUACAUUAGGGCCAAAAGGAAUGGAUAAAAUUCUAAUUUCUAGUGGUAGAAGUGCUGGGCAAGUCGAAGUGACCAACGACGGAGCGACAAUUUUGAAGUCGGUGGGUGUUGACAAUCCUGCCGCUAAGAUUUUGGUGGACAUGUCUAAAGUGCAAGAUGACGAAGUGGGUGACGGCACAACAUCUGUAACGGUGCUAGCAUCCGAGCUGUUAAAGGAAGCAGAAAAGUUAAUUGAGCAGAAAAUCCAUCCUCAAACAAUCAUUGCAGGAUGGAGAAAAGCCAUAGAGGUUGCACGUAAUGCCUUACAAGUUGCUUCGUACGACAAUAGUGCAAAUUCUGACAAAUUUAAAGAAGAUCUUAUGAAUAUAGCACGUACUACGCUAAGUUCCAAAAUUUUAUCUCAUUACAAAGAACACUUCUCCAAGCUUGCUGUGGAUGCUGUGCUGAGACUUAAAGGAUCAGGCGAUCUUCAAGCAAUUCAAAUUAUUAAGAAGAAGGGUGGUACAUUGGAAGAUUCGUUUUUAGAUGAUGGCUUUCUAUUAGACAAAAAGGUUGGCAUACAUCAACCGAAACGAAUUGAAAAUGCUUCGAUUUUAAUCGCAAAUACUCCAAUGGAUACUGAUAAAAUUAAGGUUUUUGGAUCUCACAUAAAAGUAGAUUCCAUGGCAAAGAUUGCCGAAUUGGAAAGUGCAGAAAAGGAAAAGAUGAAGGACAAGGUGAAUAAAAUUUUGAAACAUAACUGCAACGUAUUUAUCAAUAGACAAUUGAUUUAUAACUACCCAGAGCAAUUAUUUGCUGAUGCUGGAGUAAUGGCAAUCGAGCAUGCUGAUUUUGACGGUAUUGAACGUCUAGCUUUAGUUACUGGGGGUGAAAUUGUGUCCACCUUUGAUAAUCCAGAGAUGGUUAAGUUGGGUAAAUGUGACGUCAUCGAACAAGUUAUGAUUGGUGAGGAUAUUCUGUUGAGGUUUGGUGGUGUUGCUCUUGGUGAGGCCUGCACUAUUAUCAUCCGAGGAGCUACACGGCAGAUAGUAGAUGAAGCAGAACGAUCUCUGCAUGAUGCAUUAUGCGUGUUGGCUGCCACUGUUAAAGAGUCUAGGAUUGUGUUUGGUGGUGGUUGUAGCGAAAUGUUGAUGGCUGUUGCUGUAAGUGCAGCUGCAGUCAAAACUGCUGGUAAGGAAGCAGUUGCAAUGGAGGCAUUUAGUAGGGCCUUGCAACAAUUACCAACUACAAUUGCUGAUAAUGCAGGUUAUGAUUCGGCUCAAUUGGUCAGUGAAUUACGUGCGGCCCACGUAAAUGGUAAAAGUACAAUGGGCUUAGAUAUGGAAAAAAACAAGAUUGGAGAUGUGAAACAGUUGGGGAUUACCGAGUCAUUCGUAGUAAAACGCCAAGUGUUGCUGUCAGCUGUUGAAGCUGCUGAAAUGAUCUUGCGUGUUGAUAAUAUUCUCAAGUCAGCACCUCGUCGGCGAGUUGAAGAUCGUGGACAUUGUUAAUUUUUAAUUCAGCUGCUUUGUGUAUUAACGUUAUAUUUCUAUCAUUCACAUUUACAGCAUUUGUAUUAUUAAAAAAUGUAAUUCAUUGCCUUAGUGUCAAAUUUCACAAGUUUUGUAACAAUAAACAGUUAUUAAUUUAUUAA